CGAUUAUUUCCAUAUAAAUAUAAGAGCAACUUCCGUGUUAAAGUAACACAUGACAUAGACCUGAGACAACGCAAGGAUUUGUCUAAUAUUUCAAGAAAUGAAGAACUUCUCCUGCCAAAUAACCGGAGCAUUACUUUUAUUAUGCAUUUUAGUACAGCAAACAGUAUUAGUAUACACAUUACCGUUAGGAGAGGAAGACUACAAUCCAGGUAUGUCUGAUAAAAAUUCAAUGGAUGACGCAUACACAUUGUUAAACAAACGAUGGAUGGUCCGAGAGUCACGAAUCGUCGACAUGACUAAAGAAGUUUGCAGGCGUAACAUGAAACGCUAUUGUGCAAGCGCCUUCGGAGGUUAUUGUUGUAACAGAAGCCAGUAUUGCUGUAAAUAUGCUCAAUGUUGUGGAGGAGAUCUGUACAGAUAUGGAAAAUAAUCCCGAUCAUUUCCUGGUUAUUCCUCGCAUACGGUUACACUGCAGAAUGAUCAACAAGGGAUCAAGAUAUCGACGACAUACUGUCCAGGCGACCAAGCGACAUUGAUAAUUCCGAAAAGAUGCCUGAACUAUGAAUUCUUGUCAAAAAGUAUUAUUUAUUAGCUAUCUGAACUAUUCUGGCACAGUGACUCUAUUCAGGCACAGUGACUUUAUUCUGGCACAGUGACUCUAU